AUGGCCUUCCUCAUCCUCGUCAUCGGGGACCUACACAUCCCAGACCGCGCCCUCGACAUCCCAGCCAAGUUUAAAAAACUCCUCGCUCCCGGCAAAAUCGGCCAGACCCUCUGCCUCGGCAACCUUACCGACAAGCACACGUACGAAUACCUCCGCUCCAUAACGCCGGACCUCAAAAUCGUCAAGGGCCGCAACGAUGUGGAAGCCACCUCCCUCCCGCUCACACAGGUCGUCACCCACGGAAGCAUCAGGAUCGGCUUCCUCGAAGGGUUCACCCUCGUCUCCAGCGAGCCCGACCUGCUUCUUGCAGAAGCAAACCGGCUAGAUGUCGACGUGCUGUGCUGGGGGGGCACCCACAAGUUCGACGCAUUCGAGUACAUGGACAAAUUUUUCGUCAACCCGGGAAGCGCAACGGGGGCAUUCUUGAAUUCGUGGGGCGGUGUAGGGGAGGAUCCCACGCCCAGCUUUUGCCUAAUGGAUGUCCAAGGUAUUUCGCUGACGCUGUACGUCUACCAACUCCGCAAAGAUGACAAGGGCAACGAAAAUGUUGCCGUGGAGAAAGUUACAUAUACAAAACCAGUCGAACCGGCCGCCAAUUCAUCAUGA